GUGAAACAUGGAACCCAUUGAAGUUGCACUACCAAUUACGAAAUGUCCGUGAACGGUUAGCUAAAAAUCUAGUGGAAAAAGGUGUACUGACAACAGAAAAACAGAACUUCCUUCUUUUUGACAUGACUACCCACCCUCUCACCAACAACAAUAUCAAACAGCACCUCAUCAAGAAGGUUCAAGAAGCAGUUCUUGACAAAUGGGUGAAUGACCCUCACCGCAUGGACAAGCGCUUGCUGGCACUUGUUUAUUUAGCUCAUGCUUCAGAUGUUCUGGAGAAUGCUUUUGCCCCCCUUCUGGAUGAGCAGUAUGAUUUAGCCACAAAGAGAGUGCAGCAGCUUCUGGAUUUAGACCCUGAGUUUGAAUGUAUGAAAGCCAACAUGAAUGAGGUUCUGUGGGCUGUUGUAGCAGCUUUCACAAAAUAA